GGUCACCCGACCAAAAAUACCUACAUGAAGGUAACUGUAAUUAUAUUCCUUUCCGAAAAACACUCUUCCAAUAUAAAAGUGAUUAGGAAAAAAUUUGUGAAAAUUGUCCAACGAAACUAAGACGACACCUUAUACCAUUGGUUUUGAUUAAAAAUGCAACAUUAUCAACAUUUAUUAUUUUUCAUUAUUGUGCUUCGGCAGACGUAAGUUUAGUCAUAAUAUGGUAUGAAAUAACUAGUUUGGAUUUGCAGUCAGAAAUUAUAGACAUAAAGAGAAGUAGGGACUAAACAGAUGCAUACAGAUAAAUAAAAAAUUGUUGAGUUGAAUGUGGAAGCUGUGGGCAAAUUCAUAAUUCUUCUAGAAAUAUGGCUGCAAAUUUAACACCCGAUCAAGAAAACGCGACAAAAGAAUUUCUCGAAAAAGUAAAUGCCAAAUAUCGACGAAAAAUCGGUCCAAUAUCGUGGUCUACAGCAGUGAGAUUUUUGUUCGCUCGUAAAUUCGACGUUGCCAGAGCUCUUGCUUUAUUUGAUCAACAUGAGAUAACUAGACAACGUGAAGGCCUAACGAAUUUUGAUCCCAAGAAUGAACCACUCAAAUCUGAAUUGCUCACAGGAAAAUUUACAAUAUUGCCGAAGCGAGACUCGGCCGAUGCCGCCAUAGCUGUGUUCACUGCUCAUAAGCAUUUACCCUCAAACAGUACGCACCAAACGACUUUACAGGGUGUUGUAUAUCAACUGGAUUGUGCCUUGAAAAAUUCAAUGACCCAAAAGGCUGGUAUUGUUUUCAUUUACGAUAUGUCGAAUUCUAAAUACUCGAAUUUCGAUUAUGAUUUAUCACAGAAAAUAUUAACUCUUUUGAAGGGUGGCUAUCCUGCCAAAUUAAAAAAGGUGCUAAUCGUUACUGCACCUCUAUGGUUUAAAGCGCCAUUUAAAAUUCUUCGAUUAUUUGUUAGAGAAAAGUUACGGGAGAGGGUAUACACAGUAUCAGUGGCUCAAUUGUCGAGUCAUAUCCCUAGGGAAUCUCUACCCACCCAACUGGGAGGCUCCCUAGUCCUGGACCAUAAUGGAUGGCUGUCGCACUGUGUACUGUCAAUGACUAGUACCAGACCAGAAUCACCGAUUUCAAAUUAUGAAGGUAAAACGCCGUCGCCCCAGAAACGUACAUCUGCCCCAAGCGACAUUGACAUAUCUGGAUCUGGAAACGGCGUCGAUAGUUGGGCCGAAGAAGCGAACCUGAAUCCUCCAAGUAGCGCUUCCAGUGGUUUCUCCGAUGAUGAUUCUCUUCAUGGAGAUGGAGCCGCUCUGACGGCGAUGCAAUUAGUUGAUUACGUUAGAGAUAGAGGACGAUCUGGCUUGAUGCAAGAGUACGCCGAAAUCAGGUCGAGACCUCCCGAUGGAACGUUCAAUAUAGCCAAAUUAAAAAAUAAUUUACCCAAAAACAGAUAUACCGAUGUGCUGUGCUACGACCAUAGUCGAGUUAUUCUGUCCGAAUUGGAUAAUGAUAAAGAUAGCGAUUAUAUUCAUGCCAAUUUCGUAGAUGGGUAUAAGCAAAAAAAUGCCUUUAUCAAUACGCAAGGGCCCUUGGCAAAAACAACUCCAGACUUUUGGCGUAUGAUAUGGGAGCAACACGCGUUGCUUAUAGUAAUGACAACUAGAGCCAUGGAAAGGGGGAGGCCGAAAUGUCAUCAAUACUGGGAACCUGAAGUGGGAGGAGAAGUUACCUACGGACAAUUUCUGAUUAAAACUGAGGCUGUAGAAACUGAUAAGGAUUAUACCGUAACCACUAUAAAUUUAACAAACAUAAAAACCGAGGAAACUCGUGAAGUUUCUCAUUGGCAAUUCACUUCUUGGCCGGAUUAUGGAGUUCCUCAUUCGGCAAAAGCCAUGUUGGAAUUUUUGGAACGUGUAAGAAGAAAACAGGCCAGUAUGGUAGUUUCUUUAGGUGAUACUUGGGCAGGUCACCCUAGAGGACCGCCUAUUGUUGUGCAUUGCAGUGCAGGUAUUGGCCGUACAGGUACAUUCUGCACUCUAGACAUUUGUAUCUCCAGAUUGGAAGAUGUAAAUACUGCUGAUAUCCGAGGUACAGUAGAGCGGAUAAGAUCACAACGAGCCUAUUCCAUCCAAAUGCCUGACCAGUACAUAUUUUGUCAUUUGGCUCUUAUAGAAUAUGCACUUAUGAAAGGCCAUCUUCAAACGGCCGAUCUCACUGGUUUCGACCAAACCGCCGAAGAGGAUUCUGAUUAAGAAAACAAAGGAUGAGAACAGAAUUUAGGUGUACAUUUUUAUUAACUUUUUCAAUUGACCAUUCACGUGGUUGCUUUCCACUAAUUUGUAAUUGACAAGAAAAGUUGAAGAUUUUAUUUGGUGGCUUUUUUUAUCCAGCCACUUAGAUUGUUAUUAGAGAAAAAUCCUGGAUUUCUGUCAGUUAUUAUUUAUUAAUCCUACAUGUAGUUAUUAUAAUUUUAAAAAAAUAUUUAAAGUUAACGGUCAGUUAAUUUUCGUUUAUCUAGAAACUAAAGUACAAUAGAAAUAUGUUACAAAAUUGAAAAUAUUGUCGUUUUAUAAUUAGUGCUUUCAAAUGGACCUAAAAAAUGAAUGAACAUGAAAAUAAGUUUUAGCUAAAAACUGUAAGUAUCCCAAUUAAUAUCGCAACAUGUAUGGCACAGAGGGGUUAAAUUUGCUUCAUUAUGUAACGCGAAAACUUUGGAUAUUAUUCUGUUGAAAGGUGACGGAAAUUUUUUUUCAAAUCUCAAUAAAAUCUCAGAUUCUUUAACUCAUUUAUCAAACUAAAAACUUGGUUGUUAUGAUAGCGUUGUUACUGGCGACCGCUCACAGCAGGGGUGGACAAAUACUUUAAGCCCGGGCCAAAAUGAAAGUAUCAUUUUAAAGGAUUCGGACAGAAAAAUUAAUAAAAUAUAAUAGUAAUAAUAGAUUGUCUUACUUAGGUGUAUAUGUGACAAUUUUGUGCCUAGUUAAAUAUGUUACAUAAUUUUUGAAGAAAUAUGAUCAAUUAUAUUAAAUUAAUGGUCAUUAGAUGGAAUCAGUUGAUGAAAGAUUUUAUUUUGAUGUUUAUUUAUCUCUUAAAGAUACAAAUGUUUUAUUUUGAUCAUAGUUAUUAUAUUUUUAUAUUUUAAUUACAUUUUGUAAUUGUAAUAGUGAAUAUAAUUAAAAAAGAAAAUAACAAAGAUGAAACGUUGAAACAGAAUAGUUUUAGUUAAAGCGAAACGUGAAAUCUCCAAUAUUAUUUCUUCAAAAUUUGGAUCGAAAUCAUUUGUAGAAAUCCUUAAUACCGAGUGUAAAUUUUCUUCAAUAAUUUGUGAGUGAUAUUUAUUUUUCGUAGAAAUCAUUAACAAAAAAUACACUGCUGACAGAAAGUUGCUGGACAAGAUGAAAAUUUAUUAAAACAACGAAGUAAUGCUACAAAACAAGAAAAUUUACUUACUUUCAAAAUAUUAUAAUUAUGUGAAAAUAAUAAAAUCACUACUAGAAAUUGAAAAAGUGCAAAAAAUAAUCCAAUUUUUAUAACUAGAAAAAAAUAAUUUAAAUACGUUCACUUCGUUGCAUGCCAGAUACGUACUAAUAGUCGCGUCAAUGAAUACAUAAAACAGGCAAUCCUCGGAAGUCCUCAAGAACAGCUCCGAUUUUGAUUUUUUUUAAAAUUUGGUUUUUUAUAUUCUUUAAAAUCAGAAACCUCUUGGAGUGGGAACGGAACUAUUUAUCUUGUUUAAACAAUAUCUGUAAUAUUUAUGCACAAAAAAAUUUCUACUAUACAAUAUCCAUUAAAAACUUGUAAAUAUAAUGAAUGUUAUAAACAAUUACCUAUAAGUUUGUUCUGUGUAGUAAUGACAUGGAAUUAAUUUAUGGACCAAAAUAUAAAUUUUUUAUUGACCAUAGAAAA